AUGCUUGGAUAUGUGAUGGCGGACGACGUCGUUCCGAAGACAUUCCGAGCUCUGGUGGAGAACGCUGACCGGAAAUUCGCCAGGGUUCGCGAUGUUCCGGUGUACGGACGAGGCACAAACAAUCACUACUUCCACAAGGUCUUCAAGGCCUACAUGAGGCUAUGGAAGUACCAGCAAGAGAACCGGUCAAAGCUCGUCGAGUCGGGGCUUCAACGGUGGGAAAUCGGUGAGAUCGCGUCUCGGAUCGGCCAGCUCUACUUCAACCAGUACAUGAGGACUAGCGAGGCAAGGUUUUUGAUCGAAUCUUAUAUAUUCUACGAGGCGAUACUAAAUAGAAAGUAUUUUGAGGGUUCGACGAAGGAUCGAGGGGUUAGGUUCAAGGAAUUGAGGUUUUACGCGAGGUUUUUGCUGGUUUCGUUGAUUUUGAACCAGUCGGAGAUGGUGAAAGUGCUUAUGGAGAGAUUGAAGGCUACAGUUGAUGACAGUAAAGCCACUUUUCGGGAUGUCUGGGUUUUGAGCAAAGAUUCUAAAAGCAAACAACUCAAGUUCAAUAAGACAUCACUGAAAAUGAGAUUUCAGUUUCUGAUUAGAUGA